GUAAUAGUAAUUGGGUUAAAGGCAGCUGUCGCUUGCGAGCAUAGCAAUAGGGUCUAGUUAUGCAGGCAGCAGCAGUUACAGCAAGGAGUGUACUGUUCCCAAUCACAUCUUCCCAGUGUCCUCCUGAAACAAACGAAAUCCCAGACGCCGACAACAAAUCGUCUUCCUUCUGCGCUGACGCGAGUUGAAAAUUGGGACAUCAUCUUGCCGAGUUCCUCGACAUGCAGGCAGAGAUGUCCCUGCAGACUGUUCACAUCCACCCUGUCAUUGAGGCGAUGAUCAAUCUGACUGCAGGAGCCGCAGGUGGUGUUGCUUGUGUUGUAAGUGGACAGCCAUUUGAUACAGUGAAGGUGAAAAUGCAGACCUUUCCCACUAUGUAUAGAGGCUUUCUGGAUUGUUCCGUGAAGACCUACAGACAUGAUGGACUGAAUGGGCUGUUUAAAGGAACAAUGCCCGCCCUUUUAGCUAAUGUUGCUGAGAAUGCCAUUCUCUUUGCUUGCUAUGGCUUUUGUCAACAGUUCACUCGGCGCCUCUUCGGUUUGGAGAGCACAUCGGAACUCAGUGAUGUACAGAGCGCAUUUGCAGGCUCCCUCGCCUCGGUGUUCUCAUCGCUUGCAUUGUGUCCAACGGAGCUAGUCAAGUGUCGAUUGCAGGCCUUGCAUGAAAUGAAGGAGGCUGGCAAAACGUCUUUAGCCUGUCGAAUAUCCACAUGGUCAAUUGUUAGGAGUAUACUAAGAACUGAAGGACUCCAAGGGUUUUUCCAAGGAAUGACGAGCACUUGGCUGAGGGAGGUGCCGGGAUAUUUCUUCUUCUUUGGUGGCUAUGAAUUAAGCAGGUCCUUUUUCACAAAGCCGGGCCAGACCAAAGACGAGUUAGGAGCAAUACCUUUAGUUGUGAGUGGUGGAGUUGGAGGAGUCUUCUUCUGGCUUGCUGUCUAUCCAAUAGAUUCGGUAAAAUCUCGAAUUCAAGUCUUGUCAAUGGCAGGCAGACAAAAUGGAUUUCUUUUCUCCUUCAUUAACAUCAUGAAAACUGAAGGUUUUAUGGCUUUAUAUUGUGGACUGACUGCAACUAUCGUUCGAGCUUUUCCAUCUAAUGGAGCGCUCUUCUUAGCGUAUGAACUGACAAAAAGGGCUUUAAGUCAAGUGUCUACUAGUUGAAUCUGCUUUUUCACCUGCCGUUUGAUUUUAUGAUGCAAUCUGCAGAGAAGAAUCCUACUGAUCAUUAAGAAGAAGAAUGAUGUAUUUUUUUAAAAAUGAAUGUAUAUUUAUGUACAGAUGAUUGUGUUCUAGUGCUGGAAAUGAACAGUUCAGACAACGCUUUUUAAAAUGUGCUUUGAUUUUUUGUUGUGUGUGUGUUUUUUUUUUUUUUAAAUUGGAAAUGAAAAAUUUGAAGCGCACCCAUCUCCAGCUUGAUGUAAAUAUUUUUUUUGUUGUGUUUUCAGUAAAAAGGUAACCUUUAAAUAUUAUUGACAAUUUUAAAAUGUAAACAUCAUAAAUAUUCAUGUUUUCUAUUUUAUGCUUACGGUGAGCAUUUCUAAAAAUGGUUUAAUAUGUCAAAAUAAACCUUUGUCAAAUCAUCCCA